AUGCCGCCAAGAAGGGAGAAUUACAAAGAAGAGUUACCUCAAAACGCCUCUCUUAUAAAUCCUUAUUCUGUAGUAGCCGAUUUAAGUUCUUGUCUCAUGUUGGGAACUGCUCUAAAGAGUUGCCGAAGUUUCUUCUCAUCUUUAAAGAAACUUAAUAUGGAGAUAGAAAGACCGUUUUACGGCGACAUGAUUAACGUUCAUGGUGAAAGUAAACGUGCUGUGGUUGGAGAAGUUGGAGAAGAAUGGGAAGAAAGUGAUGACUUGGGGGAGAAUGAAGUGAGGGUGAUUAAAGAAGAAACUAGAGGAGGUUCUAAAGUUAUUAUUGAACCACAUAGACAUGAAGUUUUUGUUGCACGCGGCAAAGAGGAUCUUCUUGUUACCAAAAAUCUCGUAGUUGGAGAAUCAGUUUAUGGAGAAAAAAGAAUUUCAGUAGAAGAUAAAGAUGGGAAUAAAGUAGAAUACCGAGUUUGGAAUCCAUUUCGUUCGAAAUUAGCUGCUGGUAUUCUGGGUGGUCUUGAUAAUAUUUAUAUCUCACCUAAAUCGAAAGUAUUAUAUCUUGGAGCAGCAUCAGGAACUACGGUAUCACAUGUUGCCGAUAUCGUUGGCCAGGAGGGAAGAGUUUAUGCUGUUGAAUUCUCACAUCGAUCAGGUCGUGAUUUAAUUAAUGUGGCAAAGAAACGUACAAAUAUAAUUCCAAUUAUUGAAGAUGCACGUCAUCCACAAAAAUAUCGAAUGUUGGUUAAUAUGGUUGAUGUGAUUUUUGCCGAUAUAGCUCAACCAGAUCAAGCUCGUAUUAUUACAUUAAAUUCUCAUCAUUUUCUCAAAAAUAAUGGACACAUUGUUAUAUCUAUUAAAGCCAACUGUAUCGAUUCCACGGUAGAAGCUUCAACAGUUUUCGCGAGGGAAGUAAAAAAAUUACAAGAGGAAUAUAUAAAACCUCAAGAACAACUUACUCUAGAACCAUAUGAGCGAGAUCACGCCAUCUCAAUUAAGACUGAAUUAGUAGAAUCAGCUGAGACUGAACGAUCUUCGGAUAUUUUGGAAAAAAAUCCUCAAAUUCUUGAAUCUAUUAAUCAAUUUAUGGAAGAAAUACUUAAUCCUGUGAAUCAUGAUAAUAUUAAUCAAUUGAUAAAUUCUUUAAAAUCUCUAAAUACAAAUAAUCCAAUUAAUACUCAAAGAUCACCAUUUUAUAAUAUUCCCAAUACUUCUUACAAUCCUUUCGGAUUACCUAAUCAAACUCUUGAAUUUCCAGAUGUUCAUGAUAAACAUCAAUUUAAUUCAGAUGAUAGUUUUGAUACUAUUAAUGAUACUGAUGACGAUAUUAAUUACAUUGAUGAUGAUAUAAAUAAACGAGAUACUAAUACUAUCGUUGAACCACCACCGAGAGAUCUUACUCGUGAUGGAAAGAAAGUUUAUCUUGCAGAAAUGGGAUUCUUAAAUGAAGAAGAGAAUGAUAAAUUAUUGGACAUAUAUAAUGAUAAUUUAGACGAAAUUAUUAAUUUCUUGGUUGAACAAGAGAAUAAUCGACAGAAUAAUUUUUAA